ACUGCUGCAGCAGGAGUAUUAACAUUAUUUAAUACUUACUAUUAAACAGCAUAUUUGUACUUAUUGUACUCGUAUAGGUGGGAUAAUUGUAUUUGUAGUUCUUGUGCUUGUAGUAACAGAAGGUAUUUGUACGUAUUGUUCUACCAUUUCCUAUGUAUUGGUAGUUUUUACAUCUAUUGUAAUAAUAUUAUUGUGGCAGAGCAGUGAUAUUUUUAGUAGUAGUAUAGGUAGUAUAGAUAGUUGCUCAGGUGGUUAUAACAGCACUUAAUGAAUUAAAGUUAUAAUUAAUAGAGUCGAAUAGAAUAAGUAUAAGUGGAGUCCAAUAAAAUGCAGGACUACGAGGAGUCAGUGUCAUUCCUGGGGACCUGGGGCCCGUUCCAGAGGAGGGUCUUCUUCCUGCUCUGUCUCACCAGCGUUCCAUGUGGAUACAACAUCCUGUCCGUCAUCUUCCUGCUGGCUAGCCCCCCCCACCACUGCCACAUCCCUGCCCACAGCAACCUGAGCCAGGACUGGAUCCAGGCGAGCAUCCCAGUACAGCAGGUGGCCGGGCGUCCGGAGACGAGCAGUUGUAGCCGGUAUGAGCUGGCCCUGGUUCAGAACCUGUCUGCACUUGGAACCAGACCCAGCCUGGAGCUGGUCCUCAACCUGUCUGCACUGGGAUCAAGUCCAGAGACCCUCCUCUCCAGUCUGAAGCAGGAGGGCUGUAGAGAUGGAUGGACCUACAGUACUGAGUACUACGAGUCUACUGUAGUCAGUGAGUUUAACCUGGUGUGCAGUGACCAGUGGAAACAGCCUCUGACCUCUUUCGUCUACUUUCUGGGAGGACUGUGCGGAUGCUUGGUCUCUGGACAGAUCUCUGACAGGUUUGGCAGGAAGCCUGUACUGUUCAGUGCCAUCGCCAUGAUUAGCAUCUUCAGCUGCGCUGUGGCCUUCGCUCCGUCCUGGCCCGUCUUCACCGUGCUCUUCUUCAUGAUGGGCCUGGGUCAGCUCGCCAGCUACAUAGUUGUGUUUGUACUCGGUUCAGAGGUCCUGAUUGGUUCGACCAGAGUUUUCUUCACCAACCUGUGGCUGCCUUUUGUCUACGUGUUCAGUAUGAUGCUGCUGCCUGGCACUGCCUACCUGGUCAGGAACUGGAGACAUCUGUCACUGCUCAUGGCCGUGCCAGGCAUAGCCUGUAUCCCCCUCUGGUGGCUGGUUCCAGAGUCUCCUCGUUGGUUGGUGUCUCGUGGCCGUUUGCAGGAAGCAGAACUCCUGCUGAGGUCAGCAGCUCUGGAGAAUCGAGUGGAAGCUCCACAUUUAAUUUUUGUCUCAGCCAAAGUUGAAAAAGAGAGUCUACCAGCUGAGUCCCUCAGCUUCCUGGACCUGCUGAAGACCACAAACAUUCGAAAUAUGACACUUAUGCUGUGGCUCAUCUGGUUUUCUAUGAGUGUAAGCUACUUUGGACUAUCAUUCAACAUGUCUAGUCUCUAUGGCAACCCCUUCCUAAACUACUUCCUGGUGACGGUUGUUGAACUCCCAGGGUACACUGCCAGCUGGCUGGCGGCAUGCUAUCUUCCUCGCCGCCUGUCCUUUAUCAGUUUCACCCUGCUGGGGGCGCUAGCUCUGCUCCUCAUUCAGAUCACUCUGCACAGCCAUGCAGCUCUCACCCUGACCCUGGUGCUGCUGGGUAAAUUUGGCGUUCUGGCCGGCACCGGGGUGUUGUACAUGUUCACUGGUGAGCUGUCUCCCACAGUCAUCAGGAACACAGCCAUGUCAUCCUGUGCCAUGUUCUCCAGAGUGGGGUCCUCUGUUUCCCCAUACCUGCUGCAGUUUGCUGUGUUUUAUCAGUUCCUGCCAUGGAUCAUUGUGGGUUCUCUGUCAUUGCUCAGCGUUCUGCUCUGCGUCUUCCUGCCAGAGACCUUCAGACAGCCGCUGCCCGACACCAUCCAGCAGAUGGCACCCACACAGCGGUUCAGGUGGCCGUGGGCCUCUACGUCUCCGGAGAAGGAUGAUGGGAAAUUAGCUAAAGACCAGACUACUGCACCUGAGGUCAUCUGCACAACUCAUCUAUAAGACUCCUGACGGACAAACAAAUGAAAAAACUCAACUAUGGACAACAUGAAAAUUGCCUAAAAAACAAAAAAAAAACAUGUUAUAUUUUAAAAUGGUAUUUUAUUUUGUCAGGAUGGUGGUGUUGUUUUCUGUGUCCACCUAUGACUGCAGAGCCUCCAGAGAUGCAUUUACUGACACCCUAUGAAUAGCAGAGUGCUGCUCCUGUUGUAUGGAAAUACAAACUAUGAGACAACAAAAGAAACUAUUGCAAAGCUUCACUGACAAUAAGGACUCAAAUAAUGACAUUAAAGCCAAAGUCAAACCUUGAAAUAUAUUUAACAACAUUUAAAAUCACACAGCAGUUGUAUGGAUCAAGUUCACUGUGUUUCCACUUACGGAUUGAAACAUCGGUGCAUUUGAGUUAAUAGACAUGACAUGAAUGUGACAAUCAAUCUCAGCAUAAAUAUGGAAGAAAUAGAAACCAUAAACAUGGGUUAAGGUGAACGUGAAUUCUGUUCAGACUCUGAGACGUAAGAUUUAUUCUGCUCCUGUAGCAGCAGUUAGUCAAAUCAAACAUUUGCUUCAGAGGGCUUUAAAAUCUGUACAACAUAAGACUCUCUAUCAACCCUCGUUUCAGAUAAGAUGUUUUAUGUACAUGUAAACCAACUACAGAUAUUAUUAAAAUUACCCUAGCAAUGUAAUAAUUUGAAAUAUAAACUGUGUACAUACUGUAUAGAAUGUAUUUUUGGUUUCAAUAGUAUGAUGAAGACAAACAUAUGGAUGUGUAUAUAUUUAAUGUGAUAAAUAAGUUAAUACAUAAAAAUCCCAAUGUCUAUAUUCAUUAUCUAAAAACUGUUAACUGACAUGAUCAUAUC